GAACCGUGUUUUACUGUCACGUUGACAAAAUGUCACUCCGGCACCAAAUCCAAAUUCUCGUGUGAUUUUCCAAGUUUUUGCUCAAAAUUUUCGUGGGAAAAUGAACCAGUUGGAUAAUGCCUUCAAAUAGAGAAGUCGUCCAGAUACACAUAGGCCAAGCUGGAAUUCAGAUAGCGAAUGCUUGUUGGGAACUGUACUGUUUGGAACACGCUAUCCAACCCGAUGGCAUUCUUUACGCCGGUUAUCACAAAAACCGGACCGAUGACAGUUACAACGCCUUUUUCUCCAUUUCUGGGGCGGGAAAAGCAGUACCAAGGGUCGUCAUGGUGGACUUAGAACCGACCGUGAUUGAUGAGAUCCGCACUGGACAUUACCGGCAACUUUUCCAUCCUGAACAAUUAUUAACUGGGAAAGAAGACGCUGCGAAUAAUUUUGCGAGAGGGUACUAUUCGAUUGGGAGAGAGAUGAUUGAUCUGGCGUUGGAUAGGACGCGGAAAGUUGUAGAUGACUGUAAUUCCCUUCAAGGAUUUAUUAUUUUUCGGGCUUUUGGAGGUGGGACCGGAUCGGGAUUCACAAGCUUGUUCCUGGAAAGGAUGGGGAUGGACUAUGGGAAGAAGAGCAAACUGGAAUUUGCCGUGUACCCAGCGCCGAGGAUCUCGCCUGUGAUAGUCGAGCCUUAUAAUGCCGUCCUCACAACGCAUGGCUGCAUCGAAAACGAAGACGUCUGCUUCAUUAUGGACAACGAGGCGGUUUACGAUAUUUUAGCCCGCAAUUUAGACGUCCCUAGACCCACUUACACAAACUUAAACCGGCUUUUGGGCCAAGUGGUGUCCGCAGUCACAGCCUCGCUCCGCUUCGAGGGCGCUGUAAACGUCGACUUGGUCGAGUUCCAAACAAAUCUAGUGCCCUACCCCCGAAUUCACUUCCCUUUAAUCACCUACGCCCCCUUUGUCCCAGCAACGAAGGCCUACCACGAGCAAUUAUCAGUUGCCCAAUUAACAAACUCCUGCUUCGAGCCGGCCAAUCAAAUGGUGAAAUGCGACCCCAGAAAUGGCAAAUACAUGUCGUGUUGUCUCUUAUACCGUGGCGAUGUGACACCGACUGAUGUGAACAACGCUAUUACGAAUAUCAAACAAAAGCGGAGUAUCAUGUUUGUGGAUUGGUCGCCCACAGGAUUCAAAGUUGGUAUUAAUUAUCAACCGCCGACUACGGUCCCUGGAGGCGACCUGGCCCGCGUACAAAGGGCGGUCACCAUGCUGUCCAACACCACAGCCAUAAAAGAGACCUGGCAGAGAAUUCUGCAUAAAUAUAACCUGAUGUAUGCCAAACGGUCGUUUGUGCACCAUUAUGUCGGUGAAGGGAUGGAGGAAAGCGAAUUUCAGGAUGCUAGGGAGGAUCUUACUGCCCUAGUGCUGGACUAUAAGGAAGUUGAUAGUGACUGAUACCUAUUUAUUAUCCUGAGGCUAAUGGAUUUGCAUGGAUUGUUAUACUGUUUAUCCUUAUAUCAUUAACCGGUCUGUAGUUCUUUGGAUUCACUGGCACUUUUUCCAACUCAUCGAGCGUCUCAAACCCGUCUAUAACCCUAAACAAGUGUCCUGUACUUACAAAUGGAGAUAAUAAAAUUACUCACUUUCCGAAAA